AACUGUCAAAAAAAUUCCGUUCCGUUGGUUGUGGUUCCGUACUUUGUGAAUUGUGAAAAACGGUGUGCUGUACAAUGUUUUAAGUUUUCUAGUGGUUCUCUCGAGUAAAAUUAAGAAUUGUUUUCUGCUCUGAGCUAAACAGCUUAUCAAAAAUGAGUCCGUGGCCUGAAGUUGUGACUGCAAAGUCAGAGAACCGUCACGAAAUCAAGUUGGCGGGCGCCGCAAUCUCGAAGCGUAUUUCAGAAGAAGGUUUAGACAAGACGCUGUUCACAUUAACGAACAUAAACCUCUUAAACAUCAGCGACACAUGUCUUUCAUCGAUACCCGAUGAUAUAAAGCGGCUCGUGAACCUCCAAUCGCUUUUGUUGUACGGGAAUAAAUUGACUGAAUUUAAUGAAAACAUAACCUCUUUACCUAAGUUAAAAGUGCUCGAUUUGUCGAGAAAUCAGCUCGCAAAGAUACCAGAAUGCCUGAACAAGAUGAAGGAGUUGACUAGUAUUAAUUUCAGUUCGAAUCAAAUAGCAGAAAUGCCGAAGUUAGGCGAUUUUCCCAGUUUAAUUAUUAUCGAUCUUUCUAACAACAAACUAACGUCGUUCUUGGAUACCGAGAACGCAAAUUUGCCACAUUUGACUGACUUGAAGAUAAAAGGUAACGAAAUAGAAUCCAUUCCGAGCCACAUUGUUCGCACAAUGCCUUCAUUGAAGAACUUUGAUAUAGGGGAUAAUAAAAUCAAGACAGUGCCUGGAGAAAUCGCUAGUAUGUCCAAAUUAAAAGAAUUAAACCUAAAAGGAAAUAAAUUAUCGGACAAGCGGCUAAUGAAACUGGUAGACCAGUGCAGGAGCAAGCAAGUGAUAGACUACAUACGGGAACACUGCCCCAAGGAAGACAACACGCCAGCUGCGGGCAAAGGGAAGGGCAAGAAAGGCAAGAAACAGGAAGAACCCCCACCUGACGAAAUAUGUGACUUGUGCCAUUCUAUGAAAAUAUUACAUGUAGAAGAUGACACUGUAAGGGUCAAAAUCAUUGAGCAGGAAGUGUGGAACAUACGCCCGUUCAUCCUGUGCUGUGUGAUCAAUGAGCUCAAGUUUGACGAUGCUCUGUUCAAGAAGUUCAUUCAGCUGCAAACUAAGCUGCAUGAUACCGUCUGUGAUAAGAGGAAUGUUGCCACCAUUGCUACACAUGACUUCGGAAAAAUACCACCAGGUGAUCUAAUGUACACCGCCAAAGCCCCAGCCAAGCUGAGGCUAACCCCACUGUCGCGGGCGAAGCUCUACUCGGGUGAACAACUGUUCCAGCAGCUCACGGCUGAGGCUGAUGCGUUGAGGAAGGAGAAGAAGAGGAAUGUUUAUUCAGGCAUUCACAAGUAUCUGUACCUGUUAGAAGGUAAGCCAAAGUACCCGUGUUUGGAAGAUGCAUCUGGUCGUGUGAUCAGUUUCCCGCCCAUCACCAAUUCAGAAGAUACCAAAAUGUCGGUGGACAGCAAGUCGAUGUUUGUGGAAGUGACGUCACAUUCGUCGCUGGGCGCCUGCAAGACUGUGAUGGACAAACUGCUGCAAGAGUGCCUGCUGCUGGGCAUCGGCGACGGCGACGACCACGAGUACCACACUCUCACUGUGCAACAGAUUAAAGUGGUGGAUACUGAAGGCAACUUGAAAAGCGUGUACCCCUCGCGCACGGACUGUGUGUUCGACUCCGGCAUCAAGGUCCUCAGGCUGCCCAAGAAAUAGGCUUUUUUAUGUUUUUGUAAUUUUCUGUUAACUUUUGCUUUUUAUUUAUUUUGUGAACCGCUUGGUGCUUUAAAUAACGUCGUUUUAAAUGAUGUAAACUGUAAAAACGCACACCUUCGGAGUUGGGGAGGCACGGUGUUUUUUUUUUUUUUUUUGAAGUAUAAUCUCUUGAGAGUAACUCAGAUCUUUUUCGAACGGAAGUAACGUUCACACGUCACUUCCACGGAAUACGGCUGCCAAGCAGAACAGCUAUUUUGAAGCUGCCAUAUUUUAUCGAGGUGGUACUGAGUAGGUUUUGGUAACACCUCGAUAAAACUGGUUACCGUCAGUUUUCUGUUUUCGGCUUUAUUGAAGCCACGAGCAUGUUAGAAUAAUUGCCGUCAAGUAAAGAGAUAUCUGGCGUACUUGCGCUAUGGCCGAUUUACGACUGUAUGGGCUGAUCCACACCUGCGCACACGCACCAACCGUGCGCACAAUUGAAGUGCGCAUCAAUCUCCUCCUCUGUUCAGAACUCUACCUGACGGCAGUUGUACUACAUUUAUUUAUGUGUAUGUAAAAUCUAUAUUUUUGAUAUUGUACUAUAUUAUUAUUAUUAUCAAAAUAAUCAUUUACCAUACCCUGAAAAUGUAUUAUUAAUUAUUAUAUUAUUAUUAAUUAAUAUAUUAUCAAAAAAGUUAAAAUAAUAAUAAUCA